CCUGUGUUCUGCUUGAUCCUGGAGAAUUCCACCCCACUUAGUCUCCGGCACCACAGCACCUUGCUGGUACCAAUCAAGCCCCUCCGCUCCUUCCCGGGGUCACAGUGGAAGGACUAUGGCAGACACUGGGGAGGGAAAGAAGGAGGAGGCUGAUUAUAAAAGACUUCACAGCUUCCCACUGAUCAGGCACACAGACAUGCCAGAGGAGAUGCGUGUGGAGGCCAUGGAACUGUGUGUCACCGCCUGUGAGAAAUAUGCCACCAACAAUGAGAGUGCUGCCAAGAUGAUCAAGGAGACAAUGGACAAGAAGUUUGGCUCCUCCUGGCAUGUUGUGAUUGGCGAGGGCUUUGGCUUUGAGAUUACUCAUGAAGUGAAGAACCUGCUGUACAUGUUCUUUGGUGGCAGUCUGGCUGUUUGUGUCUGGAAGUGCUCUUGACAUCCAUGUUCAUGUCACCACAAGGAAUAUUUUCAUUCCCUUCCUGGGUUUUGUACUAUCUUGAAGCAGGGCUUUAUUUUUAAUAGUAAAACUUUGAGAGUUGUUUUCAUAUUUACGUACCGGUUUACUAGGGUAUGUAUAAUCCGUAUGGUGUGUGUACAUGUGUCAGUCUGCUGAGUUAUCAAAUCUUACUUCUUGGGGUCUCACAGUGAUCUUGUAUUUGGGUGUGGCUCUUCCAGAGAGGGUGAAGUUAGGCAAGGGGUUCUGGUGGGCUUGCAGUCUCAUGAGACACAGUUUAUGAAGCCAUACAUUAGAACUGGGAAUGGGUGUGAAACAACAAAGAAAAUAACCAGGCCAUCCAUCUGCUCUUCCCAUCCUUCCAUACUAUUUUUCCUCUCCUCUGCAAUCCUUCCUGCAGUAUAGAAUAGCUCUCAUGACCAGUGUCUGUUCCUUCAGUGGCCAUCAAUGUUGACAGCAUUUUUGGUGACCUCUUGGAACAGGUCCUAUGUGGACUCCUCUCCCUUUUGUCCCAGGUAGUGCCGGGAGCUAAUUCUGCCUUUCUGCACUUCUUUCCCACUUACUGGGAGAGGAACAUGACAGCUGAGCUGCCUGGGUGUGAGAACAGAGUGAAGAUAUGGCAGUUCAAACCCAGCAGAAGGCUGUAGCCCAGAUUGACCCCUCCUCUUUUCCACACCCACUGAGCACUGAUAUAGCUCUGAAACUUAGGCGGCUUGUGGCAAGUGGAGGAGUGGGUGAGAACACUGUACCAAAUUUGGAUUCAUGCUUGAGAGGAACAUAAGCUCUCAGGAGUGUCAUGGGUGCCAGUGCUGUGUGUACUCUGUAUCUGGCUUAGAGGCUCACAGUGGGGACAGGCCUCCAUGUGACCUGCCUCUCUCAGACAUCAGAGAUUUAAUGUACAUUUGUACUUCAGUCCGUUCAGUCUGCUUCAUCUUUUUAAAGCUCUGGGAAGUGUGUUAAGAGAUGGAAUGGACCUAAUUGUAUUUUACAUAUAUGGCUUAUUUAUAUGCAUUUGGGAAUUUUUUUUUUACAAUAAAAAGAAUGAUGUCACUUGUGUUUGACAUUUUCAUUUCAGAAUCCAUCCAGGUGGGGAACAUCAAGGCGAGGGUAGCCCUGAUGUGAUCGGGUAGGGUAAGUCAAGACCUCUGUUGCCAGUGGUGUUUUAUCUCAGGGGUCAGGCUACGAAUACCUUUUCACCUCAAUCUUUGGACAGCCAAGUGACUUGCAGAGAUAGGGAAAGGAGUUUUAUCCUCUUUCAUUUGGGUUCUGUACUGGUAAAAGGAGUUUGGUGCCCAGUGGAAGCUGCCAGAUCAACAGUAUUUGAAACUCAGGUCUUCUGUUUAUCCUUGGAAUAAAGAGCAGCAGCAAGGCAAGUGACCCUCUACCUUCUGCCCUCCACCAAUCUUCCUCAGCCUUGGUCUUGGGGGCAGGGGGGAAGAAGUGGGGCACCUCCUUUAAAAAGGUCAGGUUUUGUGGCUCAUUUGAACUUUGGACUCUUCUGAGAAUGCCAACAAGUGGUACAGCCGGAACCAGUUCUUGCUUAAGUGCAAGGCCCCAAGCUUGUCCACAUUUUAGUCCUUCCAGCCCUGCAGCCAGUACUGCCAACUGUGAAUCUUAUUGACUAUUAAAAAUGAAUCCCUGUUUGUGCUUGUUUCUUAACCUCUGUUUGGGACUAGACUGCAAGUGCUAAGAGCAGAGACCAUCCUUUUGUUGAAUACCUGGAAAAUUCUUGGCAUAUUGUGAGUCCUACUGUAAACAGCUAAUUUAAUAAAAAUAAAUUCUGGAGGAUUUUGUAACUUGGAUCAUCUGUAGCAACCG